AUGGAUCACAAGGACCGGUCGCUCCAGUUGUUGCGGGCUGUUGGCACCGUGCUCAGCGUCCACACUCCACGUUUCGUGAGCUGUGCGCCCGCGGUAGCCUCAUCACCGUUUACGCCAACCAUGAGCAAACCCAUAGCUAGUGGGGCAAGGCUAUGCACACCCUCAAGUCGUCGUCAUGAUGCGCUCUAUUACUAUUUUCACGGCUCGCAGCUCCUAUUUGGAAUCAUGCCAUAUGCCGAAUUGAAGAAUGGAGUCUGCAAGCCUCGAGCAUGGAGCGACGGUCACUCGUGGCACUCCGGAAGUUAA